AUGCAUCCUGGGGGCCACGGCCGCAUGGCCCAUGACCACAACGAGGACGAUGGCGACCCCAAGACCCCUGGGCAAGAACGCCAGCCGGCCCGUGAGUAUGGCACACUCACGGUGUUCUUCCCCGUGCCCCACACGGUCCGGUGCUGCGAGGAGGGCUGCCGAGCUGCCUACGCCGCGGCCAAAUGGAUAGCGCGGCGGAAGUCCCUCCAGCGGCACCUCGAACUCGACCACGGUGCCAGAAUCCGGCGCACCAUCAACGUGUGCAGUAUCUGCGGCGAGACACUGGGGCUAAGACCAGCCUCCCACGCCUGCCUGGCUGCAGCCAACUUGGCCGCCCCUCAUGUUGCGCUGCCACGCCAGUGUGGCAGUUGCUCAAUGUCCUUCCCCACAAGGAGGGGCUUGAGCAACCACGAACAGUGGCACAGGAGGGAGGCGGCACUAGCAGCCAGGCGUGAUCUCGCCGCAGGUGCUGCCUCUGGUGCGUCGGAGCAGGAUAACGACGGCACCCCCCCAACAGAGCAGGACAGCAUCGAGGGUCCCGCUGUGGACCCUCCAGAAACACCAGCAGUGGCAACCGAGCAGGCCGCCGACCAGGAGCCGUCUCCUGUGGCGCCUCGAGGAACACCCGCACAAAGCAGCGAUGGCGAGAUGGCCGAGGCACCCUCUCAGCGGACGCCAACCCAAUCAGGGCGGACCGCGGCCUGGGCCACUCCUUCUCCAACACCAUCGCUACUGUCCAACCGAGGCAGCCCGGGAGCACCAGCCUCCGAGGCUCACGAGCCGGCGGCCAUGCAGGAGCUCUCCCCAUGCAGGCCAGAGUCGCAGGACCAUGACGGAAGCACCCAUGACUUCGGGACCCAGGAAAAACAUGCUGGUACCACGCGGCCAGAGGGCAGUGCAUGGGGCUUAGAAGACGAGACGGCAGAGCUGCGGGCAUUGAGCCGGUUGCCUGAGUCUGCUGGGGAGUGGGCACGGUUUGAAAACAUCCUCGACCGUGCCAUUGCAGCCGCAACCAAACAUCUGCGGCUGCCAGUCAGGGACUCGCGCCAACCACGAAGGAACCGGCGCCGGGCAGUGCGGUUGAUCACUGAAGGCCCGUCGCAGCUCUGUCCAAUUGACCCCCAUGCACUACAAGACCACUACUCGAACCUCUGGUCACCAACAACCGUGGAUACCAGCAUCCUGCGGUCAAGGCUUUCGGCCACCGAAGACCUGGGCUUGUGCCCCUUUUCACCGGAAGAAGUCGCAGCCAAGCUCCGUAAAUGCGAGAGUACAGCUCCAGGGGAGGACUGCCUCACGUACCACCACUGGAGGCAGGUGGACCCUGAGGGCAGGUUCCUGGCGGCGGUAUACAACGUAUGCCUCCAAUACCGCCGCACGCCCCUGAGCUGGAAGUUGACGAGGACAAUCCUGAUCCACAAGAAGGGCGACCGCGAGGACCCCACAAACAGGCGACCCAUUGCCCUUGGUCGCACGAUUGCCAAACUGUAUGCCGGGUGUCUCACCACCCGGCUGCAGAGGUGGUUGGGCGACCAUGCGGUACUGUCCAGGUGUCAGAAGGGCUUCCUGCCGCACAAUGGAGUGUUUGAACACAACUUCGUGCUGCAGGGACGCCUGGAUGAUGCCGGGACAGGAGGUGGGGAGCUGUGCGUGGGGUUCCUCGAUUUUGCCAACGCCUUCGGCUCGGUCGCCCAUCAGGCCCUCGUCGACGCUGUCCGCGGCGCCGGCGUGGGGGAGGCCUUUGCUACCAUCGUUGAAGACCUCUACCGCGCCAGACCACCUGCGUCGUGGCAGCAGCUGGCAUUACGGGGCCAAUCACCAUCGGAGCCGGUACAGGGAGGCGAUAGGCAGCACAACAUCCUUGCCUACGCCGAUGAUCUGACGCUGCUGGCCGCGGAUCCCACCACCCUGCAGAGCCGCCUGGACCGUGUGACUGCCCUGUCGGCCCUGCUUGGGCUGCGACUGAACGCUGCCAAGUGCCGAUCUAUACACCUGUCUGGUUGCCACCCCGUGGGUACACGGCCCACCUCCUUCACCGUGGGUGGCGACCCGAUUCCGGCGCUUGGCGACUUUGAGGGACACAAGUUCCUGGGCUGUCCAGUGGGGUUCAGGGUGCUACCGGACGAGACGACGGUCGACGAGGCCAUCCACCUAGGCGGAAAGCUACUCUCCUCCAUGCUCGGCCCAUGGCAAAGGCUGGAUGCCAUAAAAACCGUUCUGUAUCCAGCCUUGAACUUUGCCAUGUGGGUGGGCCUUGCCAGCAAAGGAGAGUGGCAACGCCUAGACGAGGAGCUCCGCCCGCUCAUCAAGAAGACCCCGUACGUGCCAGCCAGGGCUUCCAAUGAAUACUUGUACGGAAGCUCUCAGGCUGGCCGCGCAGGGAUCCCACUUGCGGCGGAGCUCAGCGACAUCUGCCGGGUGGAUGGGGCCUUCAAGCUACUGACGUCGACCGACGUGGAAGUCCUGGAGCGUGCAGCAGGGGACCUAGAGGGCGUCGUGUUAAGGCGGCUAAGACGACCUGCGAACACCGAGGACAUGGAGGCCUACCUCUCAGGCGAGACGGAGGGCGACUUCCGACAAACCUCCACACAGGUACAGUCUGUGCGGACGGAGGCCCGGAAAGCCUCCCGUCGCCUCUCCGUCGCCUGGGAGCAUGGGGCCCGCAUCAACUGCGGAGAGGCCUCUGUGUCCGCAAGGAACCGCCACAAGCUGGUCAAGACCAUCCGGGCGCUCCUCUCCACCGAAAGGGACAGAGCUCCGCAUGACAAACCGAACCAAGGCAAGGCGAUGGUGUGUGUGGCGGCCGACCCGGCAAAUUCCCACUUUAUGAGGUCCGGCCGCUACACCCGCUUCAGCGACUGGCGUUUCGUGCAUCGAGCCUGGUUAAACCUCCUCCCCCUCAAUGCCACAAGACUCUGGGCACCCGCAGCCGACAAAAGAUGCAGGCGCUGCGGGUAUGGGGAGGAGACACUGCCGCAUGUACUAUGCCAUUGCAUGCGGCAGAGCAGGGCUAUGACGGAGCGUCAUAACACCAUCGUCGCCAGAAUAAAAAAGGCUGCCUUGGGGAGGUUUACAGUCAUCGCAGAGAACCAGGUCGUGGGCACCACAUCACUCAAGCCCGACUUGGUACUGGCCCGUGGAGAGGAGGCACUGAUCCUGGACGUCUGCUGCCUUUUCGAGAACCGGCUGCAGACGUUGCAGGACGCCCGGGAGGCUAAGGAGGAGAAGUACGCCCCUGCCCACGGACCCCUGCUGCACUGCCUCCAGGACAGACCACCCUGCUGCCACCUGGCGGCCCCUGGACAACCCACACCGGCCCUGCUUCCUGGUCCUGCCGCUGCCUGCACUGCCUGCUGCCUCUCGGAGACUCCUGCCCUGCUCGGCCUGACCACUGCUUGGAACCCGGUGCUGCCUGCCUGCGGGGUGCCUGUUGGUCCUUCCCUCGCGACUGGUACUGUGCUGGGGCACAACCGGCUGGCCUCUGCCCUCGCCAUCGUCCACCAUGGGCCUGGCUUUCUCGCUGCCACCCCUGGUGGCCCCCUAGCCUCCGGACCUGGCCUCCUUUAA